CCGCCGCCGCCAUGCGCCGCCCCGUCGCCCUCGCCCCCGCCCUCGUCGUCCUCCUGGCUGUGGCGCGGACCCCCGCCCACGCCGCCGGCGGCGAAGGCACCUGCUACUCCAAAGUCUCGUACACCCGCUCUCUCGUUAUGAGCCACAUCGACUACGUGACGAAGAGCGGCUGGUGGUGUAACAUCCGUGGCAACUGCCCCAAGCAAGCUGUUACCCGCUACACCACGCAGAUCUGGCGCGCGUACAAGUCGGUGGGCGUGUGCUGCGCGGGCUGGCAGAAGACGCCGGGCGGCUGCGCGGCGCUGUGCCGGCCCGCGUGCGUCAACGGGCGGUGCGUGCGGCCGGGCGUGUGCGAGUGCUCGCCGGGCUACCGCCGCUUCGACCUCAACACAUGCGUGCCGCACUGCCCCGGCGGCUGCGUCAACGGGCGCUGCACGGCGCCCGGCGUGUGCACGUGCGACAUGGGCUACCGCCGCAGCGCCGACGACCCCGGCCGCUGCGACCCCGAGUGCCCCCUGCGCUGCGUCAACGCCACCUGCGUGGCGCCCGCGCGCUGCGAGUGCCUGCCCGGCUUUGAGUUCCUCCCGGGGUUUCCUUCAACGCGCACGAGCUGCCGGCCCGCGUGCCCGCGAGGCUGCGUCAACGCCACGUGCGCCGCGCCCGACACGUGCGAGUGCCUGGCGGGCCACGCGCCGCACCCGGCGCUGGACAGCGAUCGCGUGUGCGUGCCCACGUGCAUGCCCGGCUGCGUCAACGCGGCCUGCACCGCGCCCGACACGUGCACGUGCCGGCGCGGCUACGUGCGCGACCCGACGGACGCGAGCAAGCGGUCGUGCGUGCCCACGUGCCCGCAGGGCUGCACCAACGGCAAAUGCACCGCACCAGGGGUGUGCACGUGCCAAGACGGUUUCCAGCUGGACCCCGCCGACGCUACUCGGAGCAGGUGCAUUCCAUUCUGCCCCGAGGACUGCGUCAACGCCAGGUGCACCGCUCCCGACACGUGCACGUGCCUCGAGGGUUACGUGUUCGACUCCAACGACCCUAGCAAUAGCACGUGCUCACCGGUGUGCGCGAAGCCAUGCGUCAACAGCGAGUGUGUGGCUCCCAACACGUGCAGUUGCGUGCCCGGCUACGACAAGGAUCCCGCAGAUGCCAACGGCGCCACGUGCUUGCCCACGUGCACAAAUGAGUGUCUCAACGGCGAAUGUACUGCACCAGACACGUGCACGUGUCUUCCCGGUUACGAACCGGACCCUGCAGAUGCUAACAACGCCACGUGCAUGCCUACGUGUGGACAAAACUGCACGAACGCAGAAUGUUCGGCCCCUGACACCUGCACGUGCUUGACUGGCUACGAGCCUGACCCUGCAGACACCAACAACGCGACUUGUGUGCCCACGUGCUCGCAGGAGUGCGUGAACGGGGAGUGCGUGGCCCCGGACACCUGCACGUGCCUUCCUGGCUACGAGACCGACACAGAAGAUGCCAGUAAUUCUACGUGCGUCCCCGUUUGCAGGCAAGAAUGCGUAAACGGAGAGUGUUCAGCACCGGAAACAUGCACUUGCCGACCGGGCUACGAGCCGGACCCAGCGGAUAAUAGCAACUCUACGUGCAUUCCCACGUGCCGUCAAGAGUGUGUGAAUGGAGAAUGUUCGGCGCCAGACACCUGCACGUGCUUAGAUGGCUUCGAGCCUGACGCGGAGGAUCCCAGCAACUCAACGUGCGUCCCCACGUGUUCCGUGGGUUGCGUCAAUGCCAACUGCACCGCCCCAGAAACAUGCACGUGCUGGCCGGGUUAUAGGCUGGAUGCAGACGAUUUAGGUAACAACACGUGCGUGCCUGUGUGCGAGCCAGCAUGCAUUAACGCCAACUGCACCGCACCAAAUGUGUGCCAAUGUUUUGAUGGCUACUCCCGCUCGUCGGCGCACGCGUGCGCGCCCGUGUGCGCGCCGGCGGCGUGCGUCAACGCGCGCUGCGUGGCGCCGCGCACGUGCACGUGCCUGGAGGGCUACGCGCGCCGGGAGGAGGACCCUGCGGAACGCCAGCCUUCGCGGGGCUGCGCGCCCGUCUGCGCCGGCGGCUGCGCGCACGGCCGCUGCGCCGCGCCCGACCGCUGCGCGUGCGACGCCGGGUGGGCAGGCGCGCGCUGCGACCGCGCCGUCGCCGCCGCCACCACACACGCGCCCGUCGCCACGCUGGUGCAGGCGGCGUCGACGCCCGCG